AUGUCUGAAGCGGAGCACGAGCGUUCCUCUACGUGUCUUCACUCUCUUAGCAGCAGCAGCAGCAACAGCAGCAGCAGCAGCAGCAGCUGCUGCUGCAGCUGCUGCUGCUGCAGCUCCCGAACUGCAUGCAAUCUCUCUUCCUUCAGCAAAGACGCUUCAGUGCCAUCGGGAACGCCUUUGCUGCUGGAGGAGCUGUGGGAAAUUGCUGCUGCUGCUGCUGCUGCUGCUGCUGCUGCUGCUGGCCAGCAGCAGCAGCAGCAGCAGCAGCAGCAGCAGCAGCAGACCGACGGAGAAGGAAGCACAAUUCAGCAGCAGCCGAGCAAUCAAGAGUCUCCACAGGAGGCGCAGCAGCAGCUGCAUGAGCAGCAGCAGCAGCAGCAGCAGCAGCAGCAGCUGCGGCAGCUGCUGCUGCAGCAGCAGCCUUUGCUGCAGUGCCGCGUUUGCUGCUUUUAUCUUUUUUCUUUUUGCUGCUUCGAAGUCUUUAAAGGAGAAAAUAAAAAUGAAUUUCUUCUUGCAGAUCUUUCGGAGAUGCACAGAAAGCCUGUCUUUGAGCCUUAUGGGACUUAUCAGUUUGUGGGGUCGCUGCAGCUGCUGCUGCUGCAGCAGCAGCAGCUGCAGCAAAUAGCAGCACUCAUGGACGCGUCGGCAUCGCAGCAAAUGGAGAUUGUUGCAGCAGCAACAGCAGCAACAGCAGCAACAGCAGCGGCAGCAGCUGCAGCAGCAGCAACAGCAGAAGCAACAGAACCGCCAGCAGCGGCAUCAGCAGCAGCACCAGCAGCAUCACCAGCUGCAGCCGCAGCAGACACAACAGCAGCAGCAGCAGCAGCAGCAGCAGCAGCAGCAGCAGCAGAAUCACCCAUCCGAGCGUCAGCGCCUGAAGCAGCAGCAGCUGCAGCAGCAGCAUCACCACGUGCAGCAGCAGCAACACGAACGCCAUCCCCUGCAGCAGCAGCAGGAGCAGCAGCAUCUGCAGCAGCAGCAGGAGAAUCCCCCCCUGCAGCAACAGCAGCAGCAGCAGCAGCACCCCCACCUGCAGCAGCAGCAGAAGCAUCGCCACUCGCAGCAGCAACAGGAGCAUCGCCACCCGCAGCAGCAGCAGCGUCGCCACCCGCAGCAGCAGCAGCAGCAGCAGCAGCAGCAGCAGCAGCAGCAGCAGCAGCAGCAGCACCAGCAGUUUUUGUUCCUCUUUUGAAGCCCCGUCUUUGCCGCCGCGUUGACGGCUUUGACUUCAGCAGCUACAGAAUUGCUCUGCAGCUGCUGCGGCAGCUGGAGCCCCAAACAGCACCUGCUGCUGCUGCUGCUGCUGCUGCUGCUGCAGCAGCAGCAGCAGCAGCAACAGCAGGCAGUCAGUUCGAGGAAGGCGCACAGCAGCAGCAACAGCAGCAGCAGCACCAGCUACAGCAGCAGCAGCAGCAGCAGCAGCAACAGCAGCAGCAGCAGCAGCAGCUUAUUUGGGCUUGCCAUGGCGCAGCCCCUAGGGCUUUUUGCUUCCGAAAGAAGAAGCCGCAGUCUCCCGCGUUUCAAGGGGCAGGAAACUUGGGGUGUACAUACACCUCGGAGCUUGUCUCCCAUGGGACUGCAGCAGCAGCAGCAGCAGCAGCAGCCGCAGCUGCUGCUGCUGCUGCAGCCGGUGCCUUUUCUCCUCGCUGCUGCGCUGCCUGCAACUGCAGCAGCAGCAGCAGCUCCUCGCGUCGGCCGAGCGAGGGAUACAAGAAAAGCACCAACAGCAGCAGCAGCAGCAGCAGCAGCAGCAGCAGCAGCAGCAGCAACUGCAGCAAGCUUCGGCCGAAGCAGCCGAAGCACUUACAAGGUCAUAUCUGGAGGCCUCGAGCCCUCAGCUUGCUGCUGCUGCUGCAGCAGCAGCAGCAGGAAGACCACCACCACCCGCAGCCGCAGCAGCAGCAGCAGCAGCGGCAGCAGCAGCAGCAGCAGCAGCAGCAGCAGCAGCAAAAAUGA